GGAGGGAUACGCUAGGUUGCAGUGUGACUUGGCUUCUAUUUUUCCCCUUCUUCCUCCGGCGAGAUCUAGCUAGGGUUACGGCCACCGGCGCUUCCAGAGGUGGGUAGGGAUGGCGGAGGGCAGGUGGAAGCCAGUCAUAUGGAUGCGUCGCAAGAGGCUCCGAGACGACGCGCCUACUGAGGCUGAGGCGGAGGCGCUGGUGGGCGAGAGCUUCGACUUCGCCUUCGACAACGAGGCCUUCUCCGACCGGGUGCUGCGGGUAGAGGUCGUCGGCAGCGAGGAGGAAAAUGGCGCUGAUGGAAAAGGUAUUGACUCCUCCUGUACCGUGAUGGAUACACCAGUUUUACGAGUCAAUACCAUACAUGUUAGUUCGGCGAUUCUUGCUGCAAAAAGUCCUUUCUUUCUCAAGCUUUUCUCAAAUGGCAUGAAAGAGUCUGAUCAGAGACAUGCAACACUUACAAUUGCUGAUUCAGAAGAAAAGGCCUUCAUGGCGCUUUUACACUUAAUGUAUACCGGAAAGUUGACACCAACAACUGAGUCCACUCUUCUGGUUGAUAUGUUGAUGGCCGCGGACAAAUUUGAGGUUGUUUCUUGCAUGAAGCUUUGUAGUCAGGGGCUCAUAGACCUGCCUAUGACCCUAGAAUCGGCAGUGAGGUGCCUAGAUCUCCCAUGUACCAUUCCAUUGGCAGCUGCCAUCAAAGAGGCAGCCAAGACCUUCUUUGCUGAAACUUACAAGGAAUUCCUGUCAACAAAGUUCCAAGAUGAACUGAUGAGGGUCCCUCUUGCUGGAAUUCGGGCCAUCUUAUCAAGGAAUCACCUUGGGAUUGUAUCUGAAGGAGCCGUCUAUGAGUUCAUGCUUAGGUGGGCCUGUUCACAGUACUCUAAUUCAGAAGAAAGACACAAGAUUUUGAGUUCACGGUUACUUCCACUAGUCCCACGAGUCCUCGGUAUGAACGAUUCCAUUCUAAUUGAUCACCCGUCUGGUAUAAUUAACUUUACUAUCAAGCGUGAGAAGUGUUACGGGCUCUUCCCGUUAGGAUCGAUGCGUUCGCCGCCGUUCCAUUGUGCGGGGCGUCGCUUCUACCUCACGGCACGCUGUAUGGCGACGGAGCAGCUCCAGAUUUUCGGCCUUUCAGUAAAUAUGCUAGAAGACAAGGGGGCAGUAAGGGGGACAGUAGGUUAUAAGAUUGGGGUAAAGACAAGACCGUCGCUGCAGUUUGUCACCAAGCACAUCAGCAGCACCACCACCGAUAGUAAGCAACCUGUUGGAUGCAGGGUUCCUUGGUCGGAGUUCAUCGCUGAUGACAGCCCUUACUUCAUUGAUGACGAACUCCAUCUGCAAGUUCACGUGAAGAUAACACCACAGCCGGAGUGAUGCAUGUACUGCCCGCAAGCUUUAUGGUCCUCGCUUAAGUCCCUCUUUGUUUCUGUGAGCGAGAGGGGAAGCCCCUGCUAUUCUGAAACAGGAAGAAACCUGAAGCGGGCACUCUAGUUAUUUGCUAGCAUUUGCUCUGCUCUCUUUUGGUGACUGGAAUUAAUGUCUCAUGUAAAUAUCUAGAAUUUCAUGCUGGAGGUUUCACCACCUUGCAUACUCUUACCAGUCGCAAAACUGUUAUGUAUGCCCAGAAGGUUAUGCUAUCAUCCUUAUAAUCUAAGUUAUGCUAUA